AUGAAUUAUAGAUAUUGUUUUAAUUCAACCUAUGCUCUUUGUAAAACAGCAUUUUUAAAGCUAUACAAUAUAAGUGAUUCUAAAUUCAAUAAUGUUGUAAAGCAUUUACAUAAAACUAAAGUCAAUAUUGAUGAAAAUUUAAAAUCAACUGUAAAAAAUUUUCUAAAUGAAUAUUCUCCAAUACAUGGAUUACCUUCACCAAUGAGACAUAGAAUGAUUCUGGGAAUUUAA